GCUUAUUUAGCCACAAAGUCACAAACACCGCCCCAUUUCUACAAUUGAUCUUCUUAAAACCUAACCGCUAACCUUGAAUUAACACAAAACAAAUUGGAGCCAAUGUUGACCUUGUGACUGUGGAAUCUGAUGAGAUCUAGGUAGCUAAAUCUUCCUGCUUGGAACAGUUCAGGGAUAACAAAUAAUGGCGACGCUUCUGGGGUCUGAGUCCCCUUGGACUGGCGGAAAACGAAGUGUUCGUAAUGGAAAUAUUAUUGCAAAGAUCAGACAUAGUCAGAUCGUUGGCCGGGGUUUCAGCCGAGGGACACAGCUCCCAGAGGCUCUUCUCCAGGAUAGGGAUAAGCAGGCCAAAUGGCACAGUAUCCCCGAGCUGCUGCAGAAGCUCCAUGAAAGCAGCCAUCCCAACAGUGACCUCUCCCACACACACAGUGUACUAAAGGAACUAUCAUCCCUACUUUCCAUGGAGGCGAUGUCUUUUGUCACAGAAGACAGGAAGAGUGCUCAGGAAUCAACCUUUCCCAUCACAUACACCUUUGACCUCUUUGGUGGAGUCGAUCUGCUUGUAGAGAUCUUGAUGAGGCCUACACUCACUAUGCAAAAGAAGAAACCUAAAAUGAAUGAUGACUUGGUCAAUGACUGCCUUAGUGUUCUUUACAACUGCUGCAUAUGUACGGAAGGGGUAACAAAGAGCCUUGCAGCCAGAGACGACUUUGUCCUGUUUCUCUUUACCUUGAUGACGAACAAGAAGACUUUUCUACAGACUGCCACUUUAAUCGAGGAUAUUCUCGGAGUCAAGAAGGCGAUGAUCCAGUUGGAAGGGGUUGCUAACCUGUCUGGUCUGGUCCAGAGCUUUGACCAGCAGCAGCUGGCUAACUUCUGCCGCAUCCUCUCUGUCACAGUCUCAGAACCCGACGUGGGGAAUGAUGACAAACACACCCUGCUGGCCAAGAACGCCCAGCAGAAACAAGACUCUAGCCUCUCGCGUGCAGAGGUCAACCAAGUGACCCUCCUAAACAUCCCGGGCUUCAUCGAGCGCCUGUGUAAGCUGGCCACUAGAAAGGUGUCUGAGGCCACGGGGGCGUCUAACUUCCUGCAGGAGCUGGAGGACUGGUACACGUGGCUGGACAAUGCCUUGGUGCUGGACGCCCUCAUGCAGAUGGCCACGGAGGAGGCUGAGCACACCAGCACAGAGUCAUCAAACGAGAGUUCGUUGGCCACCAGUACUCUCAGGCACCGUUUGCCCCAGUCCAUGAAGAUUGUCCACGAGAUCAUGUACAAGGUGGAGGUGCUGUACGUGCUCUGUGUGCUGCUAAUGGGUAGUCAUAGGAACCAGGUACACAAGAUGCUAGCAGAGUUCCGUCUGAUCCCAGGUCUCAACAACUUGUUUGACAAGCUAAUCUGGAGGAAGUACACCUCAUCCAAUCAUGUGGUGCAUGGCCAGAAUGAGAACUGUGAUUGCAGUCCGGAAAUAUCCUUCAAGAUCCAGUUUCUGAGGCUUAUCCAGAGCUUCAGCGACCACCAUGAGAACAAGUAUCUGCUUCUAAACAGUCAGGAGCUGAACGAGCUGAGUGCCAUCUCUCUGAAGGCCAACAUACCGGAGGUGGAGGCCUUAGUCAAUACAGACAGGAGUCUAGUGUGUGAUGGGAAGAAAGGUCUCCUCACUCGUCUCCUCACUGUCAUGAAGAAGGAGCCUCCAGACUCCUCCUUCAGGUUCUGGCAGGCCAGGGCAGUGGAGAGUUUCCUCCGUGGAGUCACCUCCUAUGCAGACCAGAUGUUUCUGCUGAAGAGGGGGCUGCUAGAAAACAUGCUGUUCUGCAUCAUAGACAGUGGCUGUAAGUCCAAAGAUGUCCUGCAGAGCUACUUUGACCUCCUGGGGGAACUCAUGAAGUUCAACAUCGACGCCUUCAAGAGGUUCAACAUGUACGUCAGCACAGAUAACAAGGUGAAGUUCCAGACCUUCAUGACCCAGAUCAACAGUUCCCUGGUAGACUCCAACAUGCUGGUGCGCUGCAUCAUUCUCUCCCUGGACCGCUUCGAGACCCAGACAGAGGACAGCAAAGUGGUGGAGGUGCUGUCUGAAUGCUGUCUGCUGUCCUACUUGGCCCGGGUGGAGAACAGACUAUCUUUCCUCUUCAGGCUGGUCAACAUCAUCAACGUGCAGACUCUCACACAGGAGAAUGUGAGCUGUCUGAACACCAGCCUAGUGGUCCUGAUGCUGGCCAGGAGGAGGGGCAAGCUGCCCUUCUAUCUCAAGGCCCUGAGAGAGAAGGAGCAUGCAGAGAAGUACCCCGGCUGCCUGCUCAACAACUUCCACAACCUGCUGCGCUUCUGGCAGCGCCACUACCUCAACAGGGACAAGGACAGCACCUGUCUGGAGAACAGCUCCUGCAUCCCCUUCAGCUACUGGAAUGAGACUGUGUCAGUGCUGCUGGGCUCAGACAGGACAUCUCUGUGUGCCAUAGCCAGCUACAUAGAUGAGCCCUUCAUGGACCUGGACAGGGACCUGCUAGAGUGUUAACCCUAGGAGAGUUUGGGCUGGGCUUGUGGGGGGUUGCUGGGGUAUGGACACCUAUCAUGGUUGAUGACCCCGCCAAAGAGCAUAGUCAGAUCAAGGGUCACCUAGCGACCUGGAAGUGCUAUGUGACUGCGGCAGGACACCAACUUGCUGCUAUGCUGUCUGUAACUUGGCCAGGGGGCCAUUACUGAAGACGAGAGGGAUGAUUCUACGAUGCUGGGCAUCUUCACUCCUCGCUCCUUUUCUCUUUGUAGGAGAAAAAGAGAGACUGCACCUGUCUGUCUGUCCCAGACCCCACAGUAAAGAAAUAUACAUUUAUUGGACCUUGAAAUACUCCUUUGUUGGUGGUUUGCUUUAGGUGAAAUCAAAUGAAACCUUUUAUAUAUUAUAUAAAUAUAUGGAAAAAUCUAUUUGUACGAUGCAACAAAAUAGAUAUAUACAGUACCAGUCAGAAGUUUGGACACACCUACUCAUUCAAGGGUUUUUCUUUAUUUCUACUAUUUUCUACAUUGUAGAAUAAUAGUGAAGACAUCAAAACUAUGAAAUAACACAUAUGGAAUCAUGUAGUAACCAAAAAAGUGUUAAACAAAUCAAAAUAUAUUUUAGAUUCUUCAAAGUAGCCACCUUUUGCCUUGAUGACAGCUUUGCACACUAUUGGCAUUCUCUCAAUCAGCUUCACCUGGAAUGCUUUUCCAACAGUAUUGAAGGAGUUCCCACAUAUGCUGAGCACUUGUUGGCUGCUUUUCCUUCACUCUGCAGUCCAACUCAUCCCAAACCAUCAAAAUUGGUUUUAAGUUGGGUGAUUGUGAAGGUCAGGUCAUCUGAUGCAGUACUCCAUCACUCUCUUUCUUGGUCAAAUAGCCCUUACACCGCCUGGAGGUGUUCGUUCAUUGUUCGGUUGAAAAACAAAUGAUAGUCCCACUAAGCGCAAACCAGAUGGGGUGGCGUAUCGCUGCAGAAUGCUAUGGUAUCCAUGCUGGUUAAGUGUGCCUUGAAUUCUAAAUAAAUAACUGGCCGUGUCACCAGCAAAGCACCAUCACACCACCUCCUCCAUGCUUCACAGUGGGAACCACACAUGCGGAGAUCAUCCGUUCACCUACUCUGCGUCUCACAAAGGCACGCGGUUGGAACCAAAAAUGUCAAAUUUGGACUCAGACCAAAGGACAGAUUUCUACCGUUCUAAGGUCAAUGUCAGCAUUUGUUAAUUGAAAUGCAUUCCAGGUGACUCCCUCAUGAAGCUGGUUGAGAAAAUGGCAAGAAUGUGCAAAGCUGUCAUCAAGGCAAAGGGUGGCUACUUUGAAGAAUCUCACAUAUAAAGUAUUUUGAUAACUCUUUUUUUUGGAUACUACAUGAUUCCAUGUGUGUUUUUCAUAGUUUUGAUGUCUUUCUUCACUAUUAUUCAACAGUGUAGAAAAUAUUAAAAAUAAAAACCCUUGGACACACCUACUCAUACACACAGUACCAGUCAAUAGUUUGUGUGUGUGUAUAGUGUUGGUUUCAUGAGCUGAAAUAAAAGAUCCCAGCAAUUUUCCAUAUGCACAAAAAGCUUAUUUCUCCAAUUUUAUGCACAAAUUUGUUUACAUCCCUGUUAGUGAGCAUUUCUCCUUUGCCAAGAUAAUCCAUCCACCUGACAGGUGUGGCAUAUCAAGAAGCUGAUUUAAACAGCAUAAUCAUUUCACAGGUGCACCUUGUGCUGGGGACAAUAAAAGGCCACUUAAAUGUGGAGUUUUGUCACACAACACAAUGCUACAGAAGGCUGCUCAUCAUGAUUGGAUGCAGAGGUGGCAUCAGUCUUGUCCAGUGGUCUUUGAAUUAACAGCAUCUUCACUGAUCUGUAUGGAUGUUGGUCUGUCUCUUUUAGGAUGAUUCUAGUUGACCAGUGCUUGUGGCUUUACUCAGCCCGUCCAGGUAGCUUGUGGAUCUGUUGAUGGUUCAUAAUCUGUGGGGCCAUGUGAUGGGUGAGAUGGGGCUUUGGACAGAAGUACCACUCCAAAGAUGCCACCAACCCAUUCAUGACUUCACCCAGUGAAGAGAGAACGUUUUCCUUUUUGUUUUUCAGACAUUAUUUUUGUUUGCGUCUUAAGAGAAUUUCUUUCAGUUCUAAAUAAAUUGUAGAUAAAACAUUUACUGUUGGAAUUGUGUGCAUUGUAUUUUAACACAUAUUUUGAUAAAAUACAUUUUCAUUUUGUACUUUACUUUGUAUCCAUCAAGUGAAGGGUGGUUUUAUAGAAUAAUAAACUAUGCAGGUUCUCGUGUUCAAACCCACUCUCUGUCCCAGACACUUCUCACAACGGUUUCAUUUGACAUUUUAGUAAUUUAUCAGACGCUCUUAUCCAGAGAGACUUACAGGAACAAUUAGGGUUAAGUGCCUUGCUCAAGGACACAUCUACAGAUAUUUCACCUGGUUGGCUCGAACCAGCGACCGUUCGGUUACUGGCCCAACGAUAUUAACCGCUAUGCAACCUGCCGCCCUAAGGUUUCUUAAACCCUCUUAGCAUGAAUGGCCUUCAACCAAACAGCCACUCUGUGCUGCAUCACUUGAAUGUUCAUCCCCCAGUUGACCACUUAACUCUUGACUUCUCUUCUCUCACCACGAGCCUAGACUGACAAUCUACAUUCGUCUUUGUGUGAUGGUUCUGUGCUUGGUUUCACCUCUGUGAUUGGCUAUGGGGGAAUGGGUGUGGUCAUGUUGCUAUGGCUAGAAUGUGCUGAUGUCGUGGAAAUGGAUUCUGAGCUGAGUAAGCAUUUUUCAUCUCCAACAAAAGAACGAGAAUCCAAGAAAAUGACUAAUGAUUGAGCUACGGCAUUUUUCAACCCAGCACCAUAUGGAUGGAACCACUUUGUCACUCAGUGUGUGUGUCGAAGUGGAACUAAUCCUGUUCAAAUGUUUUUCUUAAACCUUUUUGUAUGUUCACUUGAAUGUAUAAAAGCAAUCCGUUCAUAAUGUGGUUUGCCCUGAUAAACAGUUGGUAGUGAUACAUGACAAAGUGGUUUACUAUGACUUGUGUUUUCACAGCGUUUGACUUCUUUACCUUCCUAUACUUCACCACUACUUCAUGUGGAUUGACUUGUGUUGAUGUAAAUCAUGGAUGGAGCCUGUAAUGUUCAUAAAAGUUAUAUUGGUUCAGCACCAUUUACAUCCUGUGUGUCCAGUUCUCUCUGCUUCUAGUGUUUGGAAUAGAACUCUUACCGUGAGAACACCAUGCAUGUUCCACGCUCUGCCAAGAGACAUGAUUGCCUGUGGAAGCCCAUAUUGUCAGUUUUCUUAUAUGGCAUCUGGUUCAGAGUAGAUUACCUACUUUAAAAAUAUGGUCUUAAUGAAUUGCUAGAUAUAACUUUGAAAAUCAAAUGCACAGUACUGUAUUUGUAAUACUAUCCCUGCUUAACAGCCACACAGAUGUAUUGUUGAAACAUUGUACAUAGUCACUUUUGUGCAGAUUUGCUUCACGCUAAGAAAGCAGGCUUCAUACUCUACAUCCAAUACAUGUUGAGAAACAGUUGGUCUUUUUUGAUUAAAUAGCUAAUUGGUGCUUAAUUAUUUCAAUUUCAUUGUACUUCCUUUACAUUAGGUACAUUUUAUGUAAAUCUUUGUCUUUUGGCAUAUAUGCCAAGUUGGUUUCCUUUGACUGUGUGGUAUAACUGAGUGACUGCGUUAAAAAGCAUGAUUGUGUGUGUACCUAGAGAAAUUUGUUCAGCAAACCUUCAUUUAGACUUCAACAUGUUUCUGAAACAUGAUCAAAUCAUUUUUGUAUGUGUAGCUUUUGCUUUGACAUUGGGGUGGUGAUCAUAUGAACACUUGUUUGUAAUUCAUCAAUAUCACACUGGAGCCAUCUGUACCUAGGAAGUGUUUAGUGUGCAUUGGACUUAACUUAUACAUACGACUCAAUCCUGACGUGAAGUCCAUCUUCCCCUAGGAUUCCAUUUCCACCCUUUUUGUUCAUCUAAUGUUGAACUUCAUUUAUUUAUUUAACAGUCUUUGUGAAAAUAAUAUAAGGAAAAGCAUAUUAAAUUCUCACAACUUUCUCUCGAA